AUGUCUUCGGCAAAUCGGUCCAGUACUGUGCCACCGCAUCUAUCAUCCUCCUUCCCGCGGUCAGAUUCCUUCAUUCGCCCGCGAGAGCCUAGCCUCGACGUGGAUCGCGACAUUCUAUCCACACGUGGUCAACGCCUUGGAGGCUUAAUCCGUCGUCGCUCGCUCAGUGUCCAGAGCACCGAUGUCUUUGGCGAGAUUGAUCCCGAAGAUCCCUACCCUCACGAUCGCGAAGAGAGGCCACUGGUCUUCGAACGCGCCAGACGGCUCAUCGGCGACAACAGUCCCAUUUAUCAUUGGCAGCGGUACUAUCAAGACCCAGCCAGGCUGAAAGUUUUGCCAAAGCCUAUACGUGAGUACUACGAGCGCAACAAUAAUUUAAUAUCACAAUACGUAUACAUCGAUCGACUCCUGGAUUCUUCUCUUCCCCAUCGCUUGAUUGUGGAUUAUCACAACAAUCCAGUCCCGCCAAACGGUCAAAAUGACAUAGCCUCGUACGGCACUGGAAAUGGCCAACCGCCAGCUAAAAUCAAAAGAACCCCGCGGAAUCUCUAUCGCAUCCCAAGCGAGAGCUCUCCCCUCUUGCCCCCGACAAUCGAAGAACGGGCACCAUCUCCGCCAGAGAUUAUGCCGACAGACCACGAAUUCAUCGACAGCAGCGACCGCAUCGUCACCGUCGCCAUCUACAUCAACUUCGUCGCCAACGUCUUCCUACUAGUUGCAAAGAUCAUCGCCAUGACCAUGACAAACUCCCUCUCCGUACUCGCCAGCUUAGUCGACGGUGCUCUAGAUUUCCUCAGCACCGCCAUCGUCUGGACCACAACCACCCUCAUCCGCCGACAAGACCGGUCCCGAUACCCCAUCAGCCGUCGACGACUCGAACCCCUCAGCGUCCUCGUCUUCGCCGUCGUAAUGGUAACCUCCUUCAUCCAAGUGGCCAUCACCUCCGUCACCCGACUCCUCUCGCCCGACCACUCCGUCGUCGAACUCUCCAUCCCCUCCACCGCCGUAAUGGCCAGCACCGUCCUCAUCAAACUCGCCUGCUGGUUCUGGUGCCGACUCAUCAAGAACUCGAGCGUCCAAGCCCUCGCCCAAGACGCCAUGACCGACGUCAUCUUCAACCUCUUCAGCAUCCUCUUCCCCCUAAUCGGCUCCCUCACCCAAACCUGGCCCACCGACCCCCUCGGCGGCCUCCUCCUCUCCCUCUACAUCAUCUACAACUGGAGCCGCACGGCCAGCGAACACAUCGGGCACCUGACCGGCGCAGCAGCCAGUCCCGAAGACCACAGCCUGCUACUGUACAUGACCAUGCGCUUCUCCAAAGCGAUUCUCAAAAUCCAAGACUUGAAAGCCUAUUACGCGGGUGAUCGGCUCAACGUCGAAGUAGAUAUUGUUCUCGAUCCAAAGACCAGACUCCAGGAUAGUCAUGAUGUGGGCGAGAGUUUGCAGUAUAUGGUCGAGAGUGUGCCGACGGUCGAUCGGGCGUUUGUGCAUAUUGAUUAUGAUCCGUGGAAUAUUCCGAGUCAUAUGAGUCAGACUGAGCUAUAA